UCUCUCUUUCUCUCUCAGUGAAUCUUUCUCAUUUCUGAUCAAUCUUAGUGUUAAUGGAACAAUUCGAGCACAUGAUAGUGGAGGAGUUUAACGAAGAGGAUUUCUACGAGACGAUAGAAGCACCCAAGUUUGUAGACCUUACCGCACCAGAUCAUCGCCCAGAAGGCGAUGAUCGUUACUGGUUUUGUUCCAGAGUUGGAUGUGAUCAGAAGCAUGAAGAAUUUAUGGAUUCGGAAGCAAUCUACCAAAAAUUCGUUCUUCGGGUCAUGGCAGCUAGGAGUCCAAGUGUUCGUCUUCGUAAAGCUCUUUACAGAAAGGAUUUCAGUGUUGAUCCUAAAUGCCCCAACACGGUUCCUGCAAAGCCUUCGAGAUCACGCGUUUCUAGAUUGGCCAUGAUCUCAUCAAUCCCUCACAAGGCUAAUAAUGGUAAUAUGAGGCCAAAAGAAGUAAAAGCAAUUUCCACAAACAAGAAUGCAACUCCAAAGGCAAAAGUUAGAGGAAAGGAGCCAUCAUCAGUGAUCUCAUCAGUUCCUCGGAAGGCAUUGACUGAGCGCAAGAAGCAAAUGCAGAGUCCAGCAGCUUUUAGGAGUGUGCAGAAUCCAAGAGCUGCAAUAACUAAACUGUCGCAAAACAGAGUUGUUGCAAAGGCUUUGGUGUUUCAUUCUCCAAAGAAGUUGGUGAAACUGAAGAGAUCUGUGGAGCUUAGUUCCUCUGUGAAGAAGUUGUGUAAUGGGAUGAGGAAGCUUGAUAUUGAGAACAAAAGAAAUGGCUUGAGGGUUAAUGAUAAGGCAGGGAGUUCAGUCCCAUCUAAAAGACCACUAAAGACACGAGAAGUGAAGAGCCGAGUGUUUGAUUCUGUGCGGUCGCAGCAGAAACAGAUCGAUGAAAAGGCCAAAGGUUCUGGUACUUUGAAAAAGAGGGUCAAGGAAAAGGAAGAGCCUGUGAUUUGCUUUGAUCCUUCACAAUCUCACGAAGCUAAGGCUAAGGAACUUGAGAAUCAAUCUUUGUGCUGCGCAAGUAGUGAUAAAACUAGUGGAGAUGAAGAGUUCUUGGUCGAAAACAAAUCUGAAAAAACUUCAGACGCAUUGAAGACUAACAUGGGAGAUCAACUCCAGGCCAGAGAAGAUCCUGCUGUAGUAAAGGAGAGUGGACUGGAUACAUCGAAGCAAUGUCAAGUUGCAGAGAUUGAAGACAAGGAAAAUGCAGUACCUUUGGAGUGUGAGGAGAAAAAGAAUGCUACUAUUUCAACGGAUGUCGAAAGAGAAGACAUAUCUGUAACAAAGGAGAGUGGACAGGACAAAGCAAAGCAAUAUGAGACUACGGAGAAUGCAUUAGCAUCGGAGUGUGACGACAAAGAAAAUGCUACUGAUGCAGCGGAUGUUGAUGAAGAGAGCGAUGAUAAGGAAAAUUCUUCAGCCUUGGACAAUAACAGGAAAGUCGACCAAUCCACCUACCCUUUGUUGAAAAAUAAAAUCUUUGGCAAGAAAGAAACUUGCAAAACGACUCAAAAGGCGAUGACAAUAGCCGAUAAGUGUUUCAAUGGCAAGACUGUGUCGGCUAAUACCCGUGUCAAGUAUACAAAACCUAAGCUCACGAAUCCAAAGCCUUUUCGACUAAGAACCGAUGAAAGAAGAAUACUCAAGGAAGCAAACACGGAGAAGAAACAACAGUGUGCUCUUUCCAAAGAAGAAGAAACUACAACGAUUCUUGGGUUCCAUGGUGAAAACUUGGGUCCAAAACAUCAGCCAAAUAGAGUAAGUUCAAAGAAGAAAGUGGCAAGCAAAAGAACUGAAACCAUGGAGGAAGCCUCGCGGAUUAAGGGAAUCAUAAACAAACCUUCUGUUUGUGAUGUUGCUUCAGGGGAGAAAAGACCUGCAACUGUCCCAAAGGGACCAAACUUCCAUAGCAUUCAUGUCCCAAAGAGCUGUACAAAGAGAGUGGCAUCACAAUUCUAAGAUUGUUUUUCUUUUUCUUUUAGUUGCUUUAAUUCACACGAGAGCUUGUAAUUGUGGUUGAUCUUUGAAAAAGUAACAGAAUUGAGAUUGUUUUGGCGUGUAUAAACCACUUGCUCAAUUUUUUUUUUCAGAUUGAUCAAUACAGAAACAAGAUGAUGUUUCUU